CCCUUCAUAUCACAAUCUUCUUUAACCUUGGACUGAAACAGUUUUAAGGAUGUUAAACUUCGAACACACAGCAGUAAUCUGUUAUAUUUCACUUCUGAAGUCUUUCUUUAUCUGCACAGAAAGGUAAAUGGAUGCACACAACCAAUGGCUCCUUUAGGAUUGAUGAACCUUAUGUUCCUCGUGCUGUCUUUGAUUAUCUGCACGCUGGCUGUAUAUGAGGUGAAUUGUACAAAUUUAUUAGAAGGUCUGGCUUCUGACACUGAAGACUGGUUGAACAUCUCUGUUCCUCUAAACAGAGGCAGCAAUCAGUUAUUGUUCUCCAAGUCUGUGUAUUCUUUUGAUGUCAAAGAAGAUACACAGCCAGGAACAAUUGUGGGACAUGUGAAAGCAGUGCAUAAUGAAGGACACAGGAGCCUAAUGUAUUCUGUGCUGGAGGAUGACGGAGAUAGCCUUUUCCUUCUCAAUCCACAUUCCGGAGAGUUCCUUUUAUCCCGCAUGCUGGAUUUUGAGGCAGAGAAAUUCUACAUCCUAACGGCAGCGGUACAGUACAGGGAUAGUCACCUUACUAGGGUCAGGGUGUAUUUCAACGUGGCUGACGUCAAUGAUAACCCACCAGUAUUCAAUUUAAAUGUCUACUUUGUCUCCCUGCAAGAAGAUGCACGUAUUGGCCUGUGUUUCUUCAACCUGAAUGUCUCAGAUGCUGAUGAUGGAAUAAAUGGAGAAUUUGAUAUAGCCAUAAUAUCAGGAGACAACGGAAAUAUGUUUUCAAUCAAUCAAAUGAAAACUUUGUGUCUAAAACGAGAGUUAGACAGAGAGAAAUGUCCAAUGUACAGUCUUUUAAUUCAGGCCAACGAUCGUUCUCUACCUGAGGACACACAACUCACAAGCACCGUACGUGUGUCUGUUUAUGUUGAGGACAUUAAUGACAAUGCUCCACUCUUUGUAUCGGACAAUAUUGUUUCCUGUCCAGAAGAUAUCCCUCUUCAGUCUGUUGUUACAGUUAUACAAGCAGUCGAUGCAGACUCUGGAGCCAAUGGAGAUGUUGUAUACAGUUUAGACAAUUUAGGAAGAAGAUUAUUUAGCAUUAGUCGCACAACUGGAGUCAUAUACCUGCAGAAACAAUUGGACAGGGAGUUUGAAGACGUAAUUAUGGUAACCGUAAAUGUCAGAGAUAAAGGAUUUCCUCAGCUCUCCAGCUCCAUGAACUUAACAGUGUUUGUUGAGGACAUCAAUGACCAUGACCCAGUGUUCUCACAAGCCUUAUAUAAUGUGCUUAUAUAUGAAGACAUUCCUCGUGGAACAAGCCUACUAAUAAUUGAAGCAAAUGAUAAUGACACUGGGCCUAAUGGAGAAGUGCGAUAUGACAUCACUGAAAGUGGCUUUGUAGUGGACCCAGUCCUGGGUAUUGUCUCAGUAACACACCAGUUGGACAGAGAGAGGAAUUCUUUCCAUACUUUCAUUGUAACAGCAAUGGAUAAGGGAGAUAUUCAAAGAUCUUCAACAGCCACAAUUAAUAUCACACUCCUGGAUGUAAAUGACUGUGUUCCUGUUUUCUUCCAAGAAUUACUGACUUUACAUGUGUCUGAGGAUGAGGAAGAGCCUUCACAGGCCACUCACAAGAUAAUUGCAUUUGAUGAAGACCUGGGAGUCAACAGCCAUUUAUCAUACUUUAUAGAUAGUGGAAAUUCAGAGGAGUUCAUAUUACAUUCAAAUGGAACAUUCCAGAUAUUACAAAAUCUUGACAGGGAGGUACAAAGUCAUCACAUAUUAACAAUUAUUGCUGUGGACUCAGGUUUCCCUCCACUGACUGGAACAGGAACUAUACAUGUUUUUGUUGAGGACGUAAAUGACAAUGAGCCUCUAUUUGAUAAUGUUAAAUUUAAUGCAUUUAUAUCAGAAGACGAGCCAAUCGGAACAACAUUUGCCUCAAUCACAGCCACAGACAAAGAUGUUGGUGUAAAUGGGGAAAUAAGGUAUUCUCUAGAAGACUCCAGUGCACCAUUUUCCAUUAAUGAAACAAAUGGAGAGCUCUUUAACACUGGUGCUCUGGACAGAGAGACAACAGCUUUUUACCUUUUGACUUUAGUUGCCCGUGAUGGGAACACCAUAAAUUCUCUUUCAACUUCGGCUACUGUACAAGUGAUAGUUGGGGAUGUGAAUGAUAACUCACCCCAGAUACUCUAUGGACCAUAUGUAGCCAAUGUUCCUUCAGAGCUGUCCAAAGGAUCAGUAGUGUGUGCAGUAAUGGCCAAGGAUGCAGAUGAAGGAAAGAAUGGAAAGCUGAAUUUCUCUCUAUAUGGACAACACGCCCAUCUCUUUACAAUCAGUUCUGACAGGGGAACUGUGUUCACCAAAGAGGCCUCAUAGGAAAAAGAGACAUUAC